AUGGGGCCAGAUCUGGGCAGGGAUGGCGCCGUCGACCUUGCACUAGCGACCAAUGAGCCUCGUCAUGCCACAACUCAACGCGUGCGGGGAAUGUCCGGCAACUGCCACCAGGACUACCCGGCUAUGCCGAACCGCCAUCAGACCAAAGCUCACCGCAACGCCAUAGCUCCACGCGUGCGGGGAAUGUACGUCCGCGCGCGCGCGCGCGUGCUAUCAACCGGCGACGGCACCAUGGAACUUAGCUCGCCGCCGGUGAUGCAAUGGUCUGACCUGCCAGACGACCUCCUCGGCUUGGUCCACUCCAUGGUCGCGUCUCUACGUGGCCGCGUCCGCUUCGCCGCCAUCUGCAGGUCGUGGCGCGCCGCUGUGUCGCUGCACCCGACGCCGCCGGCUCUCCCGCUGCUGCUGCUCUCGCCGCGUGACUGGCGGACGACGGAGGAGAGAUCGAGGCGCCUAUACUGCCCCGAAGACGACAACGUACUGCGCGUCCAGCUCCCAAGCAUGCUCAAAUUGAGUUAUGGUUCGUGGAUCAACGGUUCCUAUGACGGCGGCUGGAUAGCCACGGGCCCAAUUAAGAGCGCGAACCUGAGCCCGAUCAUGAUCUUGAAUCUCUUCUCUGGAGCCGAGGUGACGUUGUCCAAGAAGCAGACGAGGAUCUCAUGUCCACGCUACGCGCCGUGCCCAAACUUCAUCUGGAAAAUCAUCUUCUCCGAGGCCCCUACGUCGAGCAGCUGCAUCCUCGCUGCAAUGGCUAGCGGUGGUUGCAAAAUCGCAUUGUGCAGGAUUGGCUGCCCGGACGGCGGGUGGACACUAGAGGGAUAUGGUAUGGAGAGGCUCGAGGACAUCAUCUUCUUUCGUGGUGACCUUUAUGGCCUAACGCGUUUUAGCGAGAGCCUCUUCAGAUUCCACAUCGGUGUGAACGAUGAUGGAGCUCCGGUGGUCAUGGCCACCCAUCGGCUGGAUGUCCAAAUGUGCGACAGACCAGUGACCAAGAGGCCCCGCGAUUACUCUGCCUACAUAUUCGAGUUGCGUGGUAAGCUUGCGAUGGCGGUGAAUGCUAUAUGGACGCAAAACGGCAGGCGUUCCUUUAGGGUUUAUGAGCUCGCCGGCGAUGGCUGUACACAUAUUUACAAGUGGUCGGAGUUGCAUAACUUGGGCGACUAUGCCUUGUUUUUGGGAUCAAGGAGCUCAUCAAAGGCGGUGCAGGUGCCGACAUGUGGCGGCGUAGAAAAAAACCACAUCUACUACUCGAAGGGUUGUUCUUUAUCAGCUAAACAAGAAAAUGAGUUCACAGGGGAGUCAUACCUGACAAGACCGGUAGAUGGUGACUCAAUGCAUGUUAGGGAACAUCGGAGGUUCGGUGACGACGAUGGUGACAUGGUACGGAUCCCAUCCAUAGGAUACUAUUCUCUCGGCAGCCUUGCUCCCAUGUGGUGCUUUCCUCCAGACAUGUAG